AUGAAGGAACAUGGCGAAUUCCAAUUAAUAAAUUCUCGUGACGUCUCCAACUGGGCAAUCCAGUUGUGCUACGAUCAGCUGCCACCUCGACGAGAAAGACAGGGGGUUGUAAAUGUUCUUUACGUUAUUGGGACUCUUAGUCGAGUAAAGAUAUCUACGAUGCGCAAGGACAUGGACGCGAAACUUUCGAAAGCUAGAGAACAGCUGCUCUCAUUUGGCUGCGACCUGAGAUUCAACCUCACGAUCUUUCCGCUCGAUGUUCCGUCCGGCGUUAAUUCUCAGCCCACCGGUGACACGGACGGGGUAUAUGGUGCCGCUGGUGAAGGUGGACGAAUCGGAAACUGCGCCAAAGCAGCACUAAAGAGCAUACAUGGGAGUUCAACAACUCCGGGUCUGUCGGAAGCGGUUUGGGAGGCUGACAUGCAUAUAUUUGGAGGCAACGAAGCCUCGCCCGACACGAUGUCGCCGGUGCCGUACGAGCCAAAUUACUUGGCAUAUUAUUAUGCAACCGAAGACGGGAUGCUUGCGAAUGAUCAUCGCUAUGUUAUCGGAAAAACCACGGGGUUGGGUAUUUUUCUGCCUGCAGUAGCGGAAGCAUUAGCGCGAGGGGGAGACUGGACGGGAGGCAAAGUUCUACAGGAGUGGUUCCCCGACGUCGUGAAAGAUCAUGCGGAUUGGCACGCAGUUGUCGGCCCUGAAGCUACAAGCCGUUCGACGUGGAUGGAGAAAGGAUACAGUGAAAUGCCCCUUCCAUUGAUUUGGUUCUUUCGUUUUCUGCCCUGGCAUGAACUCCAUGAUAUUCAGACCAAUAUGUGCGGAGCAAGCAGACUUGACUGA